GAAAGAGGAUUGCCUGAAAAUGUCCAAGAAGUACGGUUUGAUAGAGCGUGGCUCUGAGUCGGGGCAGACCAAAAAGCAUGCAGCGUUCGCGAGCGAUUCCGAUUCCGAUGGUGAUGGGACGGGCAAGGUGAAGAUAGAGCUCGGCGCUAACCAGAAGCGCCAGGCGGAAGCAAUGCAGAAGAAAGCCAUAGCGGAGGAUCCCACCAUCUUCCAGUACGACGAGGUGUACGACGAGAUUGUGGAGCAGCGAGACAAAACCUCCGGUCAAGGGAAGGAAAAAGCGAAAGAACGGAAACCAAAGUACAUCGAGAAGCUUCUAGAGACAGCGGAACGGCGAAAGAAGGAGCAGGAACGUCGUGUUGAGCGGCAGGUCCAGAAAGAGCGCGAGGCAGAGGGUGAGCAGUUUAAGGAUAAGGAGUCGUUCGUGACGUCAGCCUAUAAGGCCAAGCUGGAGGAGAUGAAAAAGCUGGAAGAACGCGAACAGCGCGAAGAGUACCUGGAAGCGAUCGGCGACGUUACCAAGCAGUCCGAUUUGGAUGGCUUCUAUCGUCACAUUUACGAGCAAAAGACGAAAACUUCCGACGAGAAAGACGCCCAGGGAGAGAAAGAUGUCGUUCCGGAACCGGAAAAACCCGUGGAGAAGGAAGAGAAAACUGUUCCCUCAAAAGGCUCCCAACGUGGCCGGAAGUACCGAAAACGUAAAUCGGACGAUGAGAAUGAGGAUCAAUCGGAAAAUACGGCACCGAAGGAGCGGACACAUUUACAGUCCAACUUGGAUGCCGACUCGGACUUUAGCAUCGAUUCAGACAGCAGUGACGAAUCUUCCGAUGUCAAAGAAGAUAAUGGCAAGGGUGAGGAUCGCAACAAGGAGGAGGGAGAUGUGAAGAAAGAAGAAUCCAAUGGACAUUCGAAAGAAUCACCCACCAACGAUGGCAAAACCGGCGAAUCAAAGGAUGGGUCGGAGAACGAACAACCGGUGGCUGAAGAACCGGCCGCCAAAAAGCCGAAACCACCGCCCGUUGAUAUCUGGAAAAAGCGGACCGUUGGAGAGGUGUUUGAAGCCGCACGGGAACGCUACCUCCAGCGGCGCCAAACGCAGGAAGCUUGCUAAGCGAUGAGCUUUGCGUCAAUAAACCAUUUACAAACGUAAGGGUUGUUGUAAUUUACAAUUUAAUUUAUUAGACUGCACCUUCGAUAAUGGAUUGGGGUUUGUUUCCCGCUUGACUCAAGGAACGGGGUCGAAACGGGGUGUUUGUUUUCUACAGCGUGUUGCGCAAGUCCACCUUCGUCUUGGUAAGGAUGCCGGUGUCGCCACAAUCUGCGUUGUAACCCUUCCGGUACUGCAUACCCGGGGCCGAGAACCACACAUCGUACCACGCCUUGAAAUCAUCCGGAGCCACCGUCAGCUCGGGAACGUCGAAGCGCGGCACAUUGAACGAGUUCAUCAGAUUCGGCUUGUUCAUAUACCGGCAGCGGGCUUCGGUCCAAUCUUCCUCGUUCUCCAUGACCCAAUCACGCAUCUUCGGGUCGUCGUUAUCGAACCGAUCGAAAUCGAUUCGUUCGAUAUCUUCGACGACGACCUCGGUUUCACCGUGAUCCGACCAAUCGUAAAUGAGCAGCUCGGCGUGGGUUCCGAUAUCUUUCAGAUACUGCUGCUUGUAGAUGGACUCCAUAUCCUUCAGAUACUGAUCGGUGAGCGCCUUCGACCCGACCUCAUUCGGAUGCGCCCGCUUCUUGAUGCGAUCCUUCACCACGUUCACUGGCACGUCCAGAUAGAUCACAAGAUGCGGCUUCAUGAGGUCGCAGAACGUGUUCUUCACCACGUCGUAAUACACGGAGCGUGCCCCCUUGGAGAGGUAUCCGUUGCGGAACAUUGCCUCGGCGAACACGAAGUCGGAGUAAACAGACCGAUCGAGCACGACUCCCUCGCCGGUGCUGAAAAGAUGUGCCAGCGCGUCAAUGUACUGCGAAAAACGUUCCACCAGCAUGCGCAUCUGAAAAGUGGCCACAUUGAAAUGGGUUGGGUCCUGGAGGAACUUUGCCGUAUCGAAGCUCUGCAUUGCCAGAGGAAGCUUCGGGUCGAGCUGCCGCAUGUCGUAUCCGUACGGGUUGAUGUAAUAGUUGUCCAACGUUGGCUCCGGGAAGUAUUUCAUCUCCAGCUCUGCGGCCAACUCCUUGGCGAAGGCCGAUUUCCCGGAAGCGAUGGGACCUUCAACGACGACAA